GGCCAGGCUGGAUCGCUUUCACAGACGGAAAGAGAAGCGGCCAGCGUGGAUGCUUCAGAAACAGCCAGUGCAGACGCUUCACAGACGGAAAGAGAAACGGCCAGUGCAGACGCUUCACAGACGGACAGAGAAACGGCCAGUGCUGAUGCUUCGCAGACAGUCGGAGAAACAGUUGGUACAGAUGCACCCCAGACUGUGGAAGAAACAGGCAAUACAAAUGCUUCACAGACUAAUGGUGAAACAGACAGCACAGACAUACCUCUGGACAUGGGAGUAGUGGAUGCUGAUGAUGAGAUGGAGGUCAAUGCUAUCAAAGUMGAGGAUGAACAGAUGCAGGAGGAACACAACUUGGAGGGGAUGCCCGUGAUAACUGCUGUGGAAGAGGGAAGCGACAUGGACGCUUUUAGCAGUAACUCCCUGGAUCAUGGGGAUGAAGUGGAGAAGAUGGACACCGGGACAGAUGCACUGACAGAGAAGCAAAUAGAGAAGACCGGGCAAGUGGACAACACUGAUUCCAUGCCUUCUAUUGUGGAUACAGAGGACACAGAGCAACCUGCUGAGCAGACCAGCUUUGAGGAGGCUAGCGGCUCGUCUCCACCUAUGGAGGAGGACAAUUCUGAAGAUGUCAAACCAUUUCACCCCAGUCCCACCUCUAGCGAAGCUAUUCUCCCACAGAACAGUAAAGGCUCUGACAGUCCUGCAGGGCUGGAGAAUGGAGUGACAGGACAGCCAGUCAAAGUUGUGGAUUCUGCCCAGCCGACAGCAGAGCCUGUGUCCACCAGCGUUGACACCCUCUCCAUGGUGAAUGUGAAGGAUGAGCCAGUAGAUGAGGAGUAUGAUCAGGCCCUGGCUCCAGUAGUCCUCACAGAGGGCGUCAAGGAUGAACCAGACGCGGAGGAGUUGAAAAUCAGUAACGUCUUCUCUGUGGGCGGCGCCCCUACCCCAAUCGCCGCAUCCACGCCAGUGACCGCCCUCUCCAAGACUGUGAUGCCUCCCUUGACCCCGGCCGCCUCCUCCAUCCCUCCGCUGAUGCCCAUGGCUAUGCGGGUGGCCUGCUCGGCCUGUAACAAGGUGUUGCUGAAGGGCCAAACGGCCUACCAGAGGAAGGGCUCCUCGGACCUCUUCUGCUCCACGUCCUGCCUCACCACCUACAGCCCCCCGUCCGUCGUCAAGACGACUGCCACCUGCCCGGCCAAGAAACCCUGCCACUACUGCCUCAAGGAGAUUGCGAACCCCAAGGACGUGAUCACAGCUCCUGUGGACACCAUGGGCACGGUGAAGGACUUCUGCAGCCAGACCUGCCUCUCCUCCUUCAACUUCAAGAGGAACUCUGCCGUCUCCACCCUCUCCUCCUCCCUCUCCACCAUYACCGGGGCCGUCAAGUGCAGCAUGUGCAAAAAGGCCUGCAUUAGUAAACACGAGGUGAUCUUCCAGGGCAGCAUGCACAGGCUGUGCAGCGAGGUGUGCUUCACGCGCUUCCGCUCCACCAACAAGCUGUCCAUGAACAGCUGCCAGAGCUGCAACAACUACUGCUACGGCAAGGUCACCGUGCUGGUCGUGCAGGGGGUCAACAAGACCUUCUGCAGCGCCGGCUGUGUCACCACCUUCAAACAGAAAGCUAAGAAGACUGUGGCAUGUACUAUGUGCCGCAACUUCCGCGCACCGGUGGAGAUGGUCGACAGCGCRGACUCUGACGGCAAGCUGGAGAUGUUCUGCUCUACUGGCUGUGUUACAGCCCACAAAGUACAGACCGUCAGCUCCUCAGGUGCUCAGGUAGAGUGCAACACCUGUGGUCAGAAGACGGUGCCCUCCUUCCACCUGGCCAUGUCGGACGGAUCCAUCCGGAACUUCUGCACCAUGAACUGUGUCGUCACCUUUCAGGAUCAGUUCAAUAAGAGCAACUCCCAGAGCCAGAUGAACGUGACCCCGAGCACAGGGACCACAGCUCCCCCCGCGGCCCCGGGCCAGACCAUGGACAGGGGAUCCCAAGGGACCAGACUGCCCUGCUUCCAGUGCCACCGCCUCUUCUCCUCCAAGCCCGAGCUCAUUCAGUUCAAGGAUAAGGUGGUAUUCCUCUGUUCAGUAAAUUGCUCCGAGGAGUACAGAAAGAUCAACUACGAGAUGGCGCGCUGCGAGUACUGCAAGAUUGAGAAGCCGGCCAAGGAGGUCAAGAGAAUCAACAAUAGGGACUACACCUUCUGCAGUGAAGGCUGUAAGCUGCUCUACAAGCACGACCUGACCAAGCGCUGGGGGAAACACUGCAGAACCUGUGCCUACUGCGCCUCUACCGCGCAGGAGGCCGUCACAGGCCAGUACGGAGGCAAGAUGGAGGAGUUCUGCUCGGAUGAGUGCAAGUCCCACUACACCCUGCUCUUCUGUCAGGUGGCCAAGUGUGACGCGUGCGAGCGCCAGGGGAAGCUGAUUGAGACCCUGCCGAUGCUGGGCGAGGUGAAGCACUUCUGCAACCUCCAGUGUCUGCUCGACUUCUGCAGCCUGCAGACCCAGAACCAGGGCAAGCCCCAGGGCCAAAAGGUGGCCAUCUCAAUCGCUCAAUCCCCCUCCAAUACUACCACUGCUACGAGCAUGUCUGAUCCAGUCAUCGCCAACGUAGUCUCACUAGCCAGCUCCCCCAUUGGCCAGCCCAACUACACCACUGCCCUGCAAGGGACUGUUCCAAGAAGACAUGUGAAGUAUGUUGGAAAUGCCAGCACACAGACACAGGCCCCUCGGGCCCCUCCACCCAAGGUUCAGAAGAACAAGGCACUACUCUGUAAACCAAUGGUCCAGAACAAGGGCAUCAUGUGUAAACCCAACCUCACCACCUCAGGGUGCCAGACAGAUGAUAAUUUCCCCAGGGUGAUCAUCGUGCCUGUCCCAGUACCGGUGUAUGUUCCAGUCCCCAUGAACCUGUACACCCAGUACACCCCCCAGCCUGUUGGACUCCCCAUACCGCUGCCCGUGCCCAUGUUCCUGCCGGUGACUCUGGACAACGCUGAGCGCAUCGUGCAGACCAUCCAGGACAUCAAGGAGAAGAUCCCCUCUGACCCGUUCGAGGCAGACCUCAUCCUCAUGGCCGAGAUGGUAGCGGAGGAGGGGAUGGAGAAGUCUCCGCAGCGACCCCCUGAAAGGCCAGCCCCAGCAGUACAAGAUGACCAGGGAAGCACCUACAGUGGAGACCUGGACACAGAAGAAUUGAGUAACUUCCUCACCUCUUGGCAUGACGAGCCACCUCCCACCCCCGGCGUCUCCUCGCGCCACAGUCGACCCUACGCCCACGAGACGCUCCGACCCAUCAUGGACAUCAACACCCCCACCACACCCCCACCCCCCAUCAUGGACAUAGAGGCUGACUUCCCUGUCCAAACCCUGGAGCUGAUGGCCCAUUGGAGGGAUCAGGAGAGGGAUAGAAGUCCCAGUCCUCCACCUUCUCCUCCACGACGAAGAGCCAGAAGGAAAGCUCGGGAUGGCUUGCCACAGAAGAAAAAGAGGCGUAAGUCGAAAGCAGCAGAGACUGCGUCAGUGGUGGCGUCACUGGGUGAGGCGCAUAGUGACGUGGUGCCCGGCGAGCCCCCUAAACUGCAGCACAUGUACGGGGUGGACGCCUGGAAGAGAUGGGUCCAGUGGAGCAAGACCCAGCCUGACCUGGAGAAGCCUCGAUUUGGCUCGCGACCAAUGGAGAUAAAGGAGGAUGUUUUAAAGUGCACUACAGCAGAGCUGGGCUACGGUCUCUGUCGGUUUAUCUGUGAAGUCCAACGACCCAACGGAGAGUCCUACAGCCAGGACAGUCUGUUCUAUCUCUGCCUCGGCAUCCAGCAGUACUUAUUUCAGAAUGGGCGCAUGGAGAACAUAUUCACUGAUCUCUUCUAUGGCAAGUUCACCCUGGAGAUCACCAAGCUGCUGAAAGGCUUCAAACCUACCAUAACGGCCAGUGGCUACCUGCACUCGCGGGUGGAGGAGGAGUACCUGUGGGACUGUAAACAGCUGGGGGCCUACUCUCCCAUCGUGCUGCUCAACACGCUGCUCUUCUUCUGCACCAAGUUCUUCCAGUUCAAGACGGUGGCCCAGCACCGCCAGCUCUCCUUCGCCCACGUCAUGCGCUGUACCAAGUCCAUCCACGACAACACCAAGUCCAACUUCCUGCGCUUCUACCCGCCCAUCCCCAAGAAGGACGUGGCUACCGAGACAGCAGCAGAUGUAGAUGGUGUGGCAGCGAAGAGGAAGAGGGAUGACGAGGAGAAAGAGGAGGUGCUGGAGAUGAUGGAGAACAGUGAGAAUCCCCUCCGCUGUCCUGUCCGAUUGUACGAGUUCUACCUUUCCAAGUGCUCGGACUCGGUAAAGCAGCGCACCAACGUGUUCUUCCUGCUCCCGGAGCGCUCGUGCGUCCCCAACAGCCCCAUGUGGUUCUCCUCCCAGGGCCUGGAUGACCACACUCUGGACACCAUGCUGACGCGCAUCCUCACCGUCAGGGAGAUCCAUCUGGGAGACCCCCAGAGGAACAAGCCCCAGUCCAAGGACCCUGAGUGGGUCCCCGACCAACACGACGACAACUCGGAUUGACCAUGAGGACUGGUACACACACACACACACACACACACGUACAGUUAUAAGCUUUUGUUUAAAUACAAACACUACGUGUUGAUCCGUAAGGACUCCUAGGAUCCACCUUCAGCCGUGUGUGAAGAGGAGUGGGUUCACACAGUUCUAGACUGAGACGGUAUCAUGUACACACAUUGUGUAGGAGAUGUGUGUACAUGCAAAUUAUAAACAGAUGCUCAACUGCUCAAUGGAGACACUGUUUAUUCUGUCCGGUCACUACAAGGCAAAUGGAGGGAGAAAGUAGGAGGAAUCACUUUAAGAACUGCCAUACUGCCUUUGUCAGCAUUAUUGUGGUCGUAGAGAAAAACAAGUCCGGUUAACAAGCUAUUUUCAAGUUCUUUAAUGUCACCAUAGGAGAGAGACGAUGCUCUCCAGCCCUAUUCAACAUGGACUCCGAUUGGGAAAAUGGUCAAAAGCUUUUAAGAAUUUGGGAUCCCGUAUCUGACCWGGUCCUUUCUACUGCUGAAUUCAAUAUUCCCUGUCUUUCUUUCUUUAUUGGGUCACUACAGAAGUUACAAUGGAUUGAAAAGAAUGCCAGUGAUUGCAAUGUCAUUCAGCCAUGUCAGCAAAGUUGUUUGAGAAUUUUGUGUUUUGAAGGGAUUAGCCUCGUUGUUUUGGGAAUGAGAUAUUGUACGAACAACGAGUGAUAUAACUUGCUAUCAGUGGUGUUGUCCAUUGCCUACUAAAAUUGAUGGCUGGCAGACAUUCCUUGAAUUGACUAUGAGUUAUAUCGAGUCAUUUCAACUUGUCAAAAUGCUUGAUGUCACGUCAGUGCUCCUACAUGCAUGUAUAAUGUUGAAGGAAAAAAAUGUAAUUCUGUGUUUCCUUAUGUAGAACACUUGUGAUGUCAGGAAAGAGGACGUAGAAURGUUUGUUCAUUUGGAAAGACAAGCAUUUACCUUGCAAGUGCUCCUCAUACUAGUUCAAAAUUGCAUUGAUUUUUUUCUGAGAAACUUUUUAAUCAAAUAUUUUUAAAUAAAUGCUGAUAAACAAA